AUGGCAGGGCUUGAGCUCCUGCUGCUGGUCGGGACGAGGGAUGGCGAGGCGACGAAGGAACGGCAGGGCGAGGCUCCAAGCGGCGGAGGGCGCGGCAAGGAGACGGGCGUCCAUGAGGGACCUCCUGUCCAAGGCGCAGCGGCGGGAGCUCCGUCUUGGGUAGUCGGGGACGAGGUGCAGGAGAGGAAGGCGGGAGGCGAGCCGCGCGUGAGGGAUAUGGACGGCGACCGGUGCAGCGCGACGGUGGCACAGAACGGCAAGGCUGCGUCACAGGGAACGAGAGGGAGAUGGGAGGUUUGGUCGUGGGUUCCCUGGCGGCGUGAGGAGGGAGACGAGGGAAGGGAUCGAGGGAGAGAGAGGUUUCGGGUGCGGGCGCUGUGGAGAUCAAGAGGAGGCGGCGGGGUGGAGACGAGGGAAGGGAGAGAUCGCACGGGCUAG